UCAUGGUGUAGCAGCCAAAUCAGCAGUUGCGCAUUACUCUGUGGCGAUACCGGGCUAGAUACCAACUCAUGCGAUCACAACACGCUCGACUAUGCCUGUAUAUGCGGCAACAGCACGGCGCCAGGCCUACAAUACUACACCGAGACAAUGCCGACGUUCAUCUGCGACAAGGCAUACGAGAACUGUGUAGACAAUGCAAAUGGCGACUCCACGACCACGGGGGAGUGCGAAGACAAUAUCAAAUCCCAUUGUGGCACUUUGGAUCCGGCGUCAGUGUCGAAGAAUGACUCGAGCACGGCAGCUUCGGCGGUAGGAUCGUCCAGCGCAAUAGCGGCCUCAGCAGCUUUGAACACAGUCUCGAGAGCAUCCGCUGCAGACUCGCCGUCCUCUUCCGACUCGUCA